UUUGGUUGUGAAAUGAUCGUCGCACUUCCGCAAAAUCACCUCAGCGGGUCAACAAACAUCCUGCAUGAGCCGCUUUCAGUUCCCCGAGACAGGUGUUGCUCUGUAACCCGGAAAUACGACAAACAAACACAACAGUGUUUAAUAAGCGGGACCAUUCUGACUGAAGUCAUGGACAAAAGCAUUCAACAGGACUUUGAGAACCAGUUCAAUGAUGUGGUCUCAAGACUACAAUCAAAACAGAUGUUUCAGUCAGACUGGGACAUUGCCUCAUUUGCCAUUUUCUUCAUCUUCAUAGGUAUGGUCCUCCUGCUGGUCAUCUUGGUCCUCAUUCGCUGCUGUUGCUGCUGCUGCUGUGAUGAGAAGCCAAGACGACAGAAGGUGGGCAUCGACAACAUGGGAAUGGAGCCAUGAUCCUUCAGAAACAAAAGGGAUUACCUAUACAAAAUGUCAGAUUAUGUGACUUCAUUUUUUUAUAUAGCAAAAGUAUACCUAAUCAUUAGUUGUACUUGAAAACGCAGCAUAGAAAACACGUUUUCGGUAGAUACUUCCUUAUAGGAAUGAUAAAAGCUAAAAACUUUCCCUCCUGUGUAAAAAUGUUAAUAUUUACCCAGGAUGUCACAAGACUGAAGCUGUGAUGGCCGUUUCAGAUAUGAGACACUUGUUCAGAAAGAUUUUUAUAGCCUAUAUAAAUAUGCGCAUUCAUUUUAAUACUUUAGUUACUUUGUGGUUAAACAAAAUAUUGAAGCACUUUUUUUUUCUGGAACCAAAGCAGUCCCUUAAACAGCCUUGUAUUGACAUAUGUUGUCUUUGAAGAUUGUUUUUAACUUCAAAUUGUUUGUUACUGGUUAUCCCAGAUAACAACUUUUACUUAAUUUAGAUUUUGACUGUAUUUGUUUCAACAUAUUUAACACAUUACCUAAACCCUUUUCUGAGAAUACCUGAGAAAAAUUAGCAUGUUUUGCUAACAUAGAAAUUGGAAGUUGGAAUGUUUUGAAUGCAUGACAUUAUUUGUAUGAGAUGUAAACUUUGUUAAUCAACCAUAAAUGUUUAAAAUAUCAAUUUCAGUCAAAGUCAA